GGAGGAUUGGAAGUUCCUCCGGGUGGCCCUGGAAGUGCAUCUGGAGGAGGUUCAGGUGGUGGUGGAAAACCAGAGGGACCCGGUGGAUCAAGCUUUCCUGGUGAUAGUACGCCUGGACAAUCUGGCGGUUCAGGUGGAGGUGAGGGACAAGGGCAUCCACUUUUAACUGGCGGAACAUUCACACCAUCUGGUUUCCCGAAAGGAAAAUGCAGUUGCGUCUUUGAGAAUCCUUGCCCCCCUGGGCCACCUGGACCAAAAGGUGAAAAAGGACCCAAUGGAAUUGACGGGCCGCCAGGAGUGGACGGCAAAGAUGGCCCAGAUGCAGAAGACGUCCGACUUCAAGGUCCAGUUGGCUGCUUCUAUUGUCCUCCUGGACCAGCUGGACCACCCGGUCCACCAGGAAGACCUGGUAUCCGUGGCAUGAGAGGACGGCGAGGGCAACCUGGAACGCCUGGCCGCGAUGGACCACCAGGCGCGAUUGGAGAGAUGGGACCGCCAGGUCCACCAGGUACGAGCAAUUGA